GCCGUUGCUAAGCAAUGAUGGCAGGUUUCUCAUUCUUCUGCUCACUGUAACCGAUGACAUCGUCGUUGUUUGACAAUUGGUGCAAUGGCGUCUGAUGUGUUGAUAUCGUAUCUCCCAAAUGAGGUUUUAGAAUAUAUUCUUGAAAGUGAUAUAAUGUCAGCCGCAGAUGUGUGCAAUUUUGGCUCAACGUGUACAAAAUUUAGAAAUUUAGUAAGCAGCAGUAACAAACUAUGGAAAACGAAGUUUCUUCAGCGGUGGCCUGAUCUGCGAGAUGUCUUUGACAAUCAGAGGUCUUUUUCUUGGCAAUGUUUGUACCAGAUUCGGCUGUGUUUUAGUAGGGAUCUUAGGCACCUGUUGGCGGAGAUGUCCUGGAAAUUUCACAAAAGAGAGGAGAUUUCCAAUUCAGAACUUUCUGACUUUGGUAAAAUGAAGCAGAUGAAUGAAUAUGGUUAUGAAUUUAUGGUGAAUGAACUCAUGAGCAUUGUAUAUGAUGAUGAUGUGUGCUCAAAUUUAACACAGAAGUAUUAUGCAGAGAAAGUAAUGCAUUAUGUUCGGCAACAGCAUUUGAAGGAAGAGUGGCAAGAUUUUUUGGCUCUGGAUCCCGAAGAUCAGUUACUGGAAAAAGGGGCUGUGCUUGUAGCACAGUGGUGUCAGCCAAUGGUGGACGUGACAUAUAAGGACAUAGCAGCUCAGUUGGAUAAUAUUGCUGUGGAGGUCAAAAGAAAACUAUUCAUGGAACAUAAUAACCACCCAAUAUUUAGUGUACCUAUGGACAGAUUGGAACUGUGGAGAAACAAAACUAUCAGCGGCAAUCAGUGGAGGCCAUUUGAAUCACAACAGAUUAUUUCAGCAAUGUGCACUGUGCUUUUCCAGCACAUGGGUUUUCAUGGCAACAAUGAGAUGUACUAUUCAGCAGUAAACUCUUACAUCAAUAAAGUACUGGAGGAUCGUAGAGGAAUUCCAAUCACAUUAAGCAUUGUGUUUGAAAGUGUGGCAAGGAGGCUUGGAGUAAAGUGUGAGCCUGUUAGUUUACCAGCCCACUUUCUGCUCCGCUGGAGAGAGAAAUACAACACAGAAGAAUCUGGAGAACUUAGUCCUUACUACUACAUAGAUGUGUUCAAUGGUGGACAGUUUCUUACAAAGCGUAGCUGCCCACGAUAUUCACCUGACAGUCAGUGUCCUAUGCGAGGGAUGAGUGUCAGUCCAGCUACUCCUGUUCAGGUUAUUGAACGUAUGGCAAACAACCUAGAGGUUGCUGGUCGCCAGCGAACUCAGAUGAAUGGACGAGGUGCCCGAUUGCGCAGUGCCUUGGAGUUACUUAAUCUUGUAAAUCCUACAGACAUGAACUGUAUUUUGCAUCUAGCAAGAUUCUACAUGUUGUACAACAUGGAUUUAUCAGAUCUAAUGUCCAGUAUUAUCAAACUGCAGCAUGAUUUGGAGCCACGUGCCAGGGACCAAGCAAAGCAUAUAAUACAGAUGCUGCAAGUGUAUGAAAGUCAUCACUCCAAGGACACUGCAGAUAGCAUUCGGGAGAUUGAGCCAAAACUGAGAACUGAAGAUGUAGCAUAUGCAGUGGGGAUGAUUAUGCGGCAUCGUCAGUUCAACUAUAUAUGUGUAAUUUAUGGGUGGGAUCCAAUGUGUGCUGCUUCUGCAGACUGGAUUCGACAAAUGGGCGUGGAGAAUUUACCAUUGAAAAGUCAACAACCUUUCUAUAAUGUCCUCGUGGAAGAUGGAUCCACUCGAUAUGCUGCACAAGAAAAUUUGGAAGUUGCUGAUAAACCUGUGUGGGUGAAUCACUUGGAGGUGGGUCGUUACUUUGAGAAGUUCUGCAAGAUAUAUUAUAUUCCAAACGCAGAGAAGCAGCUGGAGUAUCCACAAGAUGAUGAAGUGAGACUUCGAUUUGGUGCUUUUGCAAAGUCAACGUGAAUUUUCAGGAAUUGUGCAUUCACAGAGAAUUCUGAAAAUCGAAAGCCACCAAUUUCGUUUCCACCUCAUCUCUGAAAGAAGUAUGAAGUUAGAGGCACCACAAUCCAAACAUAACAUCUGGUAUUGAAAGAAUACCGGUUUCUAGCUCUUCUGAGUAAACAUUUUCCAUGAAAAUGAUGAUUGCAAAGGGACUAUACUGGCAGAUCCACAUACCAGCAGUUAGCACUACCUACAACCAACACAUGCAGCGCCCUAUUGGUACACUAGAUCAUAAUCUGACUUAGUAUGAUUAUGAUUUUAUUGUAUAGAGAGAUGUACAUUAAUUUCCAUUGAUGACUAUAUUUCUUUGAUAACAUACAAGAAUUUCUGUUGAACAUAAAUUUUCAGAGUAACUCCUACAUAAUUUCUCAUGACAGACGUACUUUUCCAUGAUAACACACUAAUUUCUGUUCUUGAAUGUAUGGUCCUGUGACAACAUAAUACAGUAAUUUUUAUUAAGCCAUAAUAUCAUGCUAUAACUGUUGACAGGUGGUCAGGACACAUUUGUUUCACUGACCUCUAAUGUAGACAUAUCCAGGACAGAACAAGUAUAAGUAAAAUAUCUUGUGUACAGUUUGAAAAAGGUCAAUAUAGAACAUGGUGACUUGUUUUUUCAGUGUCCACAUCAAUUUGUAAAUCAUCAUUGCCCUUAACACUAUUUAGAUUAAUCACAUUGUAAAAAAAAAUUAAAUAUUUAAAACUUGCACAUCCAAAUAUUUGUUUUUAGUUGAUGCACAUAAAAUUAAUACACAUGUGAAAAAUGUACAACUUUGACUCUAAAAUAAAAACAAACAAAAAAGAACUCUGUGAUCUAAGUCCACAAGCGAACUAUACCGGCUGAGCAACC